GGUUUAUUACUCGGUUUUUUCCGAUUUCGUUUUUGAAGUAAGAAAUAUGAACUAGUGCUACAAAGAAACAGUACUACUAGAAGAACUUCUACUAUAUAUAUCUCGAACGAGGACGCAUGAAGAACUUCUACUAGCAUUACCUGUCAGUAGUCUAAGAAGUACUCGUUGUCAGGCACUAAGAUUGUGCAACAAAAACAACUCUGGAAUUAGAAGAAAACAUAAUUGGUUAACAAAUAUUUUAAUCGUCUACAACUACCUAGAAGAUUAUCAUGAUUAUUCGUUUUACAACUAUUAUGAGUGCUGCAGCAGUGUUGAAGAAUGUCCUCUAAGGAUAUGUAUUUCUCUAGUAUAGUACAAUCAUUUUAAUCCCAAUGGAACCCAUGUGGUAUGAAUUUAUGAGAAUUUGAUCUCUUUUAAUGAUUUUGAUUGAACAGCGUAACAGCAGCGCGAUACUUUUUGUAUGAAGAACAAGGUGGAGGUCGUGUAGUAUGAACAAGGUGUUGUAGAGCAAGAAGUAGUGAUGAUCAUGACAGACAACUACAGUACUGAUGAUCACUCAACAACUCUAUGAUUCAAUUACAAUUAAUUUCACUAGAAGAGCAGCCUCGGUCUAUUCAUGUUGUUAUCUUCACGAACCCGGUAGGCUGUUCACCUUCAGUCACUCGGUCCUCGCUGUCUUCCUCCUUCGACUUCAAGUGGACUCAACAACCUCUGCAGCCUCAAAAUUUCGUCUCAAAAUUUCGUCUACUGAGCCAGGCUGUAGUACUUAAUAGGCGGAUAGUACAGGCGAACUGGUCUACUAGUCUACUAGAUUAUGUAGGAAGAUGUGGACAAAAGAAAGACAUUAGCCCUUCAUAAGUGGGGGGGAGAAAGGCGUUAGCGCUUCGUAAGUGGGGGGAGGAAAGACGCGAACCCUUCACCAGAUGAAAUAUGUAUCAAACUUACUUAUGAACUAGGCAAUAUAUAGAGGAACCACCACAUUACUGUAGAGACGGAUGACAGAGCAUGACAGAAACCGGCAUGUAAGUGCUCGCACCACCGUGAUGAAGUUGGUGCUCGGGUUGACUUUUCCUCUCUAUAAGUGACUACGAGUGAAGAAAAACUUGCGAAGAAACGGGAGAAGAAUACGCAGAAUUAUAGAAACAGGAGAAUAUAAUUAUACGCAUUGAAUAGUACUAGUUGGAAAACCAAUAUUCAGUGGCUCUGCGGAAAGGCUAGAUUGGAGAGCUAGUGAUUAAAGAGAGUGAGGCUCCCAGUGUUAGAGAUGAAUGACCACCAGAGACGAAUCAAAAAUUACUCGAAAGAUCGAGAUACCAGAGUCCGAGUCGAAGUGUAGACGCUAUCCUGGAACAAAAAGCGGAAAUGAUGAGAGAAAAAUCACCCAUGCUGGUGCGCUGACUUUUAUGUCGAAAACCUUGGAAUUGUAAUCCAUAACUAAGUAAGCAAUUAAUCAAUCAGUCAAUCAAUGAAUAAUCGGCCACAUGAAAGGAGCUCGAAUAUCGGGGGCGCACUAUAAAAAAACUUCACGAGC